AUGUCUGAAGAUGCUCAGAAGAUGUCUGAAGAUGCUCACAAGUCUGGAGACAUUGAGAGCUGGCUUCCUGAAAAUUAUAUUAACCGUAAUUGCGGAAAAAUAAAGAUUAUCUCAUGGGUGGAUCAAGUUGCGGUGUUGAAGCAUAAGGCCGUUAGAGUAUUCCUGUCACACUCAGGAUGGAAUGGAACCUUGGAGGCAAUGUCAUCAUUUGAGGGCCCAAUUGUGUGUUUGCCGCUAGGUGCGGAACAGGCGAUGAAUGCGAAGAUUCAAGAAGAAUAUUUCAAGAACGGAUUGAGGGUAUGGCAGAAUGGAAGAACCUGCUCAUUGAAGGAUACGAGUAUUAGGGAAGUCUUAAGAAAAGCUUACAAUUGCUUUUGUGACUACUCUAAGGUAUCCUGCGGACUAAAUCUUGUCUCACAGUUUGCCUUCAAGAACACCAGCAAAUGUAACCUUCUACAUUUCAUUGGAUCGAUACCAAAAUAG